AUGUCAAGUUCGCAACCUACUCGUAUUUCAUUAAGCACGCGCUCAUCUGAUUUAGUUGGGUGUGAGAUAGACCCUCUUCAAACUUUACUUUUGAACUUAACAAACGAUAUUCCAACGGGUGUGAUUAAACACUUUUGCUCCCAGAUGUCAACUCCCGAAGAGUUGUUUUCGAACAUCUCAAUGGUUGUAGGGUAUUAUGUACAAGAAGGGUAUAUCAAGCAGUUUUUGCGCUAUUUAAUAGUCCGAGAGAUAGAAGACAACUUCCGCAUGCCACAAACCAUAUUUAAAAAGAACACGACAUACAGUCGAGUCAUUAAAGUGAUAUUAGACCAUGAAUUAGAGCAGUUUUUAAAUAAGUGCCAAGAUAUGGUUUGUGACUUUGUGAAGGAAUUUGGUGCUGAGAUCAACAUCACAGCCAAAAACCCGAUGCUUGAAAAGUCUUUAGAGAAGGUAAAGGACAUCAUCUACAAAUUGAUGGAGCUUUUUAUUACGUUCAAAUUCUCACCAACGUUUUUGUAUUUCAUGUCUCGUGCUCUUGUCGAACUCCAUAGUCGUACUCCUAUGGUCGAAGUGAGCGCACUGAGAGCACUUGUCUUUGUUAAACUCAUAGGCCCAGCUCUUGUGUCGGGACUUGAAACAAAGAGCGAAGUUGAGUGUAAUUCCCUUAGAACGGUUAACACAGUCGUUCAGUGGUUUGCCGACCCACAAGAUGAAAGCUCUGGAAACGACUCCGAGAAGUGGAAAACCUACUUGAAAGACUUUGCGACAGAUAAGAGGCAAAGUGUGGACUCUCGUAUUCUUCAGUUCAAAAAUGCAGAUGCGGAGAAUGCGGAUAUCACACUCGAGUGGAUAGAUAAAGAACAAGUAAAGCAAUUGUUGCCACGAAUGCAAGUUGAGUGGAGAAAUAUCGUCCAAUUUGUGACUCGAGAGUCGGGUGUGUUGCUUCAAUUGCACUUCUCCUCUGAAAUGGAAACAACUCGAAUAUACACACGCCUCAUCUCAGAGUUGGAGUCUUUGUCGAGCAACACAAAGAAAGACAAAAGUGACUUAUUGUUGAAAAUGACGUCGAUGAAAAUGGAAAUCAAGGACUUGGAAGAAGAAAUCAAGUAUCUCCGAGAACUUCUUGCUUCUAGAGAUCCUUCACUUGCAUAUCUGAAAAACGAUGAAAAUUGA